GGAGAGCACCACAGAAGAAGAGAAGCAGGAAGUGCUCCGGUUCCGGUUCCAGCAUGGAGAAGGUGGUGAGCUGCUUCAGGAGGAAUCCGGACGCCGCGGCCCGGCUGCUGUGCUUCCCCUGGGCCGGGGGAGGCUCCGGACACUACGCUCGAUGGGGACGUUUGCUCAGCGGCUCCGUGGAAGUGCUGGCGGUGCGGCUGCCGGGCCGGGAGAGCCGCGGGAAGGAGCCGUUCGUCAGCAGCAUGGCGCAGAUCGUGGACGAGGUGGUGGACGUGCUGCUGCCCGUCCUGCGGGAGGCGCCGUUCGCGCUGUUCGGCCACAGCUUCGGCGCCUUCACCAGCUUCGCCGUCGCCGACGCCCUGAAGAAACGACACAACCUGGAGCCGCUUCACGUCUUCCUGUCCGGAGCGUCGGCGCCUUACUCUCAGACUCGCAUCCAGGCCCCGAGGAGAAGCGACCUGUCGGACGACGACUUCCUCCGGUGGAUGACGUCCAUCGGCGGGACUCCCCCGGAGCUCCUGUCCAACCCUGAGGUGCUGAAGCUCUUCCUGCCCGCCCUGAAGGCCGACCUGCGCGUGGUGGAGAGCUACAGGUACGACCGGCCCGAGGCGCCGGUCCUGUCCUGCCCGGUCACAUGCUUCGACGGAAAAGAGGACGUUCCUCACGACUUACAAGCGUGGAAAGAGAUAACGUCGGGAGACUUCACCGUGCGAAUGCUGGACGGCUCUCACUUCUACCUGAAGGAUCCCGCCAACGAGGAGAUCCUCCUGGACUACAUCAGGAGGCACCUGGAGACGGCCCACAUGGACUAUCUGUGACGAGGACGCUCCGGGCUGCUGUGAAUGAUGAACGAAUCAAACGCUCUGAGCUCUGACUCCUCCAAACAUUCCAGUGCGUCUCACCCUGCUGGACACGCCCCCUCUUGAGGAGGGUUCCCAGCUGGGCUUUGGACUCUAAAGCGUCUGAGGCCCCGUUUACGCCGCCAUGUUUUCCAGGGAAGAUGUGUUUUGAGUGUCUGUUUACAUGACGACGGAGCUCGGAUCCGCCCAGAUGCUACUUUUGGAACAUGCUAGCUAACGGUUCUGCUCACGCUCAGUGGACGGACGGAGUUUAAUUGAGCCUCGUGAUUUUCGUUCCGUGUUCGUUUGCACUCAAAUCAAGACCGGAUCGGUUCUUCACUGCCGAUCUUCACUGGUUCUUCAUUUGCUGAAUCUGUCGUCCGUCGAUGGUCUUCACCCGACUCAUCCAGCCGCUUGUUCCGUUUCGUCAAACCAUAAAUUGAAUCGGUGACAGUUUGGGGUUCAGACCCGAUUCUUCCCGCCUUGUUUCUCCCGUUUCCUGAACGCCGUAGAGCUAGCCUCAGGGAGUGACGCUAACAAAGUGGCUUAUUUAGCUUUUAAAUGUUUAUGAAAAUAGUCACUUACCUCCAGUGGAAUCUGCCUCUAAUGGCGUUUCCAUUGUGACAUCACUUCCUGCUGUGUUUCUAUUGGCUGUUAGCUGCUGCAGCUCAAAGUAGCAGUCAAACUCCGAUCAUUAAAUUUGUCAGAAAAUCGUCUUUGGUUUCUGACUGCACAAAACUGUGAACCCCUCACACUGUAGGACUUAAGACUAAAGAUUUUCGGCUCCGGUUGGAGAAAUUUGAUGCAAACCGCAGAGCAAUGCUCCGAACGCAGAAUCAAGCCAGGUAUAUGUUUGUGAGGUGAUGCUGCUAACCACUGCACCAGGUUGCAGCCCUGACGCUGCAUUCUAAAUGAAAUUUGUCAGAAAUAAAUGUUGUCGAUCACACAUGUGAAACUUAUCAAUGA